CCCUCCGUCGUCCGCCCUCCAGCCAGUCCUUCCCCCCCAUGUGAAGGCGGCCUACUGCAGAACCAACCAUGGGCUGCAUUAAAAGUAAGGAAGACAAAGGUCCAACCUUGAAAUAUAGAACGGAAAACACUCCGGAGCCCGUUACCAGCCACGGCAGCCAUUAUGGAUCAGAUCCCACCCAGACAACACAGUCACCUUCCAUCAAGGGGCCAUCUGUUAAUUUCAACAGUCAUUCCAUGACACCGUUUGGAGGAUCAUCAGGGAUGACGCCUUUUGGAGGAGCAUCGUCCUCCUUUCCAAGUGUGCCAAGUCCAUAUCCUGGUGGUUUAACAGGUGGUGUUACUAUAUUUGUGGCCUUAUAUGAUUAUGAAGCUCGAACUACAGAAGAUCUUUCGUUUAAGAAGGGCGAACGGUUCCAGAUCAUUAACAACACGGAAGGAGACUGGUGGGAAGCAAGAUCCAUUGCUACCGGAAAGACUGGAUAUAUCCCUAGCAAUUAUGUAGCUCCUGCAGACUCCAUUCAGGCAGAAGAAUGGUAUUUUGGCAAAAUGGGCAGAAAGGAUGCAGAGAGAUUGCUACUAAGCCCUGGAAACCAACGAGGUAUCUUUUUAGUAAGAGAAAGCGAAACCACGAAAGGUGCUUAUUCUCUCUCUAUUCGUGAUUGGGAUGAGGUAAGAGGUGACAAUGUGAAACACUACAAAAUCAGGAAGCUUGACAAUGGUGGAUACUAUAUCACAACGAGAGCACAAUUUGAAUCGCUGCAGAAAUUGGUCAAACAUUACACAGAACACGCUGAUGGCCUUUGCCAUAAGUUGACAACUGUGUGUCCAACUGUGAAACCCCAGACUCAAGGCUUAGCAAAAGAUGCUUGGGAAAUUCCUCGAGAAUCUCUGCGGCUAGAGGUUAAACUGGGACAAGGAUGUUUCGGUGAAGUGUGGAUGGGAACUUGGAAUGGAACCACAAAAGUAGCAAUCAAAACACUCAAGCCUGGUACAAUGAUGCCGGAAGCUUUUCUUCAGGAGGCCCAGAUCAUGAAGAAAUUAAGGCACGAUAAACUCGUUCCUCUAUAUGCUGUUGUUUCUGAGGAACCUAUCUACAUCGUUACCGAAUUCAUGACGAAAGGGAGCUUACUAGAUUUCCUUAAAGAAGGAGAUGGGAAAUAUUUGAAACUCCCACAGCUGGUUGACAUGGCCGCCCAGAUUGCUGAUGGAAUGGCAUACAUUGAAAGAAUGAACUACAUCCACAGAGAUCUUCGGGCAGCUAAUAUCCUUGUAGGCGAUAACCUUGUUUGUAAAAUAGCAGAUUUUGGCCUAGCAAGGUUAAUUGAAGACAACGAAUACACUGCAAGGCAAGGAGCCAAAUUUCCAAUCAAAUGGACAGCUCCUGAGGCUGCAUUAUACGGCCGGUUUACCAUCAAAUCUGAUGUCUGGUCAUUUGGAAUUCUGCUGACGGAGCUGGUAACAAAGGGAAGAGUGCCAUAUCCAGGGAUGGUGAACCGGGAAGUCCUAGAACAAGUAGAACGUGGAUACAGGAUGCCUUGCCCUCAGGGUUGUCCAGAGUCACUCCAUGAGUUGAUGAAGCUCUGUUGGAAGAAGGACCCGGAUGAGAGACCAACAUUUGAAUAUAUCCAGUCCUUCUUAGAAGACUACUUUACAGCUACAGAACCACAGUAUCAACCCGGAGACAAUUUGUAAGCCAACACCAUGCACAGCUCUGCCAAAAUGUAAAGAACUUGCGUAGAGUUCCUCACUCGUGCAAGGGAAUCGGAAGAAGAAAACCUUCACCACUCUGCAUGCAAAGGCAAACUGGAAUUCCAGGUGUGGUUGCACAAACCUCUUUUCAAGUGUUUAAACCCUAAAGUACCAAUGAUGCAGUUUCCAAUUUAUUUCAGGGUCCGAAGGAAGUGUAGCACAGAUCACUGAUGGAAAUAUGAGUUUUGGCACAGCAUUGAAUUGCAACCAGGCGAUUGUUUCUAAAUCCUGCCCUUUCUUUAUUUCCCUCGCUCACUUUGUACAUUUCACCAUCAGAGGACAGUUGUGUAGAAUUGUUUGCAGACCUGGGAGAGAGAAAUGCCCAGGUGAAAUAAACACUACAAGAAGUAACACUACAGAUGGUUUUAAAGCCAAGGAAAUGUAUGGGACCAAACAAUUCCAUUCCAGUUCUGUCAAAUGUCCCAUGUUCACUAUUUUUUUUCUCCAUUUUUAGCACAUUUGAGAAAAUGUUUCUCAUCCUUGUUUCCUCUUGCAUGGGAUAGGCCAGGUUUUUCCACAGAGAGACACUCCUAAACAGUGUACCACACUUGAUUAAAUGGUACACCUCAGUAGUGGAAUCGGAAAGCAUAAUGCACUGUGUUAAUACUUGUAUUAAUAAAACUGGAACAUAGCAUGAGAGAUUUUUCAUUUUUAAUGUUUUCUGAGUAGUUCAAAUUAGAUUUAAUGAAGUAACUAGAAAAUAAUCUAAUAUUUUAUAAGCUUAUGUUGAUAAAAGUUUGACUACGUGUGAUUUGAAACCGUACCGUACAAUCAAGAGGGGAAACCCUUUAAUCUUUAGUUGGAAAAAGCCAGCCUUUUAGACAGUGCAUUGUCACAAAAAGAGAGGGGGUACUGUGAGAUGUGGCUUAAUACGUGCUAAAUGGUGAUGGGUGCCACAACUGUAAAAACGUCACUAGUUCAGGGACCUGAAUGAUUGCACUUUUGCGUUUCUUGACUAUAAAGACAAACACCCACAGAGGAAGAUGUAUUUAAAGAAAAGACGGGGGAAGAAAAUGUGAAAGCUUUACAAGGAGAAGGACGUGCUGGUCAAAGUUGACCUAGGAUAGUGACCGCAUGGCUUUGCUGGCAUUCCUGACGCCUCACACUGCAUCUAAUCCAGACAUAUCAAGCAGUAGCACCACGCCGCCCGUUUAAACCGUGAUAGAGGGAAGGUUGCGGCGCCCACAGAUCUGGUGAAACCAAUCCUGGAACUUUAAAUUCUCCGCUGUGGUAGCUCUGCCGAAACCCAGGCCGUGUUAGCCAAAUACGGCAUGAAUAGCACGCAGGUCGGCAGUAUCAUCCUGGUACUAAAAUUUAGGAUUUUUCCUGUUUACACUACCUGCUUAGUAUUGAAUUCCUUCCACCACCUGGAUCUUUUUUAAAAACAGUGCCAUCGUGUUACUUUCCCUAGACGUCUCUAAACCUGUGACAUCAGAUUUUUAAAGGGCUUUCUGUAAACUAUGGAAUUGUAAUUUUUCUAAACAUUUUGAAAUGGGUAACGCAAUUCUAUGUUUAUGUACUAAUACUGUUACACGAAAAAAAAGGAAGCCAGGAAAUGAUGCUGGUAUGCAUUGGGUUUUAACUGAAUGGAGCAGUUCCUUGUAAUAACAUUUGUAUAGUAAAUAAAUAAAACACUAACUUAAUGUGUAUUUGUUUUAAAUAAUUGUGUAUUUUUAAACUUGCCUGAAAAAAAAAAGCUUUUUAAUUUAAGGAUUUUUUUCAACAGCUUUUCAUCUCUAAAAUCUAAACCGAGGGACUUACCCCAGACAAAAAUAAAAGGUGACAAAAACACUUCAGCACAACACUUUUUAAACAUUAAUGAUGGUGGCCUAAAACGUCAUAUUUUUAUAAAACAUUGUAAUAUUGAAUUGUUUUGUGGAUGGGAGUUGAAAAUAAAAGUUCUCCUUGAAUGCA